AUGGCAAGGUCCAUUAUCUUAGUAGCCUUGUUGGUGGGGUUGGUGGCCAUAGCCGAGGCCUCUACCUACAGAACCACCGUCAUCACCACCAUCAUCGAACACCACCAAAGCCAGUCUGAGAUGUGCCGUGAAGAGAUGCAGAAGCACCCAUUGAACGAGUGUAGGCGGUACAUGCAGUCGUGGCAGAGUGCGGUGUUGUUGAGAGGCAACGCAGGAAAUGUGCCUCAAGAGUGCUGUGAAGAGCUGGAGAAUAUGAAGGAUGACUGCAUGUGCGAGGGAAUCCAUCAGAUGGUUCAGCAGCAGCAUCAGAAGUACCAGAGAGAAGAGAAGCAGCAGGAACAGAUGAUGAAGAAGGCAGAGAAACUUCCCUCCAUGUGCGGCAUGUCCCAGAGCUGCAAGUUCCACGGAAAUGGGUUUUAG